AUGUUUGAACAUCACAGCCGUAUGGCCGAUGCCGCCGCUGUUGUUGAUGCGGAACAACAACAUCAGCAGCAUCAUAAUCAAAAGAGCCUCGGUGAUACAGAGAUACACAACUUUUCUUCUACAUCUUCCACAUCUUUAUCUCUAGAUAAUAGUAACAGCAACAACAACAACUACGCCGAUAUAAACAAUAACAACAGUAAUCAUUCACAUUAUUAUCAUCAAAACACCAAUAUUGAUAAUACAAAUCAUUAUUACAACAAUAAUUAUAGAAAUAAUAAUAAUCAAUAUAUAUAUAACAACAACAAUAUACACCAACAAGAAGAACAAAUUGAAAUAGUUAUUGAUAAUCCAGAUUUAUAUUGGGAUAUAAUGAAAAUCAAAGAAGAAGAAGAACAUAUAACAUGGUUGGAAUCUUUAAACAAACAAAUAAGGAUUCACAAGGAUGAAAUCAUUGCUAGUCAAAAUUCGGUGGCUCAGGUGUACAAACAAUAUGUAAAUAGUCACCAAUAUGAUCAUCAAUUAUUAUGUAGUAUAUUUCUCUCCAAACUAUCCUAUGCCAACAAUGAAAAGGAAUUGGUUUGUCUUUUAUCAAGAGAUGAUAUUAGACUUUUAUUAAAUGAUGUACAAAAGAAUAACAAUGGCACCAAUAAUAAUAAUAGUAGUAAUAAUAAUCAACAAUAUAUUAAUAGAUUUAAAAAGUUUUAUCUAUUCAAACCAAAGAAUAUGAGAGCAAAAGUAAUAGUUGCUUUUGAUCGUUUCCAAACCAUGUUUGUGGCAUUUACGGGAUCGGUAACAGUUGAAGAUGUUGUAUUGGAUGUAGCAUGUGGUUUUCAAGAAAAGAUAUCAGUAGAACGUAAACAUCUAAAUUAUAUGGCCAUUGGUAGAUUGACCUGGGUCAUUGACUCGAUUCCACAACUCAUCCAAAUUGCCCGUCUUGCCAAUUGCAAGGCACUUGUAUUUACUGGUCAUUCAAUGGGUGGUACAUCUGCAACUACUGCAACUCUACGUGCCAUGGAAUUAGUCUACAAAAAAUCAAAUAUCAAUAGUAGUAGCAAUGAUCAUAGCAGCAGUAGUAGCAAUAAUAAUAAUAUAGAAAAUAAUAACGACGAUACAACUACCAACACCACAAACCACAACAAUAAUGUAAAUAAUGAAAAUAAUAAUAAUAUAGAUUCACAACAACAACAACAACAAGAGGAAGUGGAAGAAAAUAAUGUACAUAAGAAUAAUAAUACUAUCACUACUCUUGGACAAAAUAAUAGAUUGGAAUUAAAAUGUUUUAGUUUUGGAGCUGCUAGUUAUUUGGAUGAAGGAACUAGAAAGCAUAUUUCCAAUAUCGAACAUUUGUCAGAUUCACCUAUCUUUGCAACCUAUGUCAACGAGUAUGAUACCGUUCCAAUGAUGUCACAUCAUCCAUUGAUCGUACUCGAUAUUUUGUAUAUCUUUUUAGUGGCAUUUAUGCUUGUCUACUCUUUUAUGUACCCACGAUUACAUAUGGAUCGAUGGGUGUGGCUACUCUAUGUCAUAGCUGUCAAAUUGCCACUUCCCUACCUUUUAAUCCGUCUUCUCGACCUUGCCAUUGCUCGUGUCUACUCUGUUGGCCUCUUGGCCACCAACACAUAUACUUUUUGCGAGCGCAGAGGUCACUAUGUCGAGACAGACUCUCAUGUCAUACAAAACCGAUACCGGUCUCUACUAGACCAUCUCUUUAAGCUGUACAACUUCCGUCUCAUGUUUGCAGCCGACCACUCUAUCGAUCUCUACUACCAACGUGUCAUGCGUCAGACGCGACCCAACCACAAGAUCAAUAUUAUCCACUUUAACACUUGCAACAAGUGUCUCACUGACAAUAGCGGGCUACCCAUCAACAAUCCAAACAACCACCAGUCCCACCAAAACAACAGCCAGCGUGACACCCAUCGUUGUAACAAUCGAAACAAUCUUUUCCGAAUCCAAGAUAUCCAUAUUUUGUCAAACUCUAUCAACAACACCGAACUAUUUGAAGAGGAACAAAUCACUCUUUUAAAAAAACGUAUAGUUUUCAAAGGCAUGGCUUUAAUCUUGACUACUUAUGCCAUUUGGUUCCUUUCAUUUUUAAUUAUUAUUUAUAUUUAA